AUGAGGUUCGGAGUGGAUGUGCUGAUUUUUCGACCGAAGGCUCCUUUAAUCACCUUGUUCGGCGAACGACUUACAAAACAAUUUCUGUCCGAGUCCAUCAGCACUCUCGAUAAUGUCAUCUUCGCCCUUUCACCGCUAGGGGUCCUGACUGCCGUGGUGUCGGUGAUCAGGAUCUGUGGAAGUUCUUCCCUCAGGGCAUUCGUCGGACGAGCACAAGAAGGUCCUGCCGAAGCCGAAAGCGAACUCCUUCCUUGCGUCUCUGAAUCCACUGCGGAGCUCUUCAACGAUGGGGGCAUUACGCGAGUCUUUGGCCGGCCCAAGAUCGUGGAGAUAGUUGCUUGGGAGGAUGUGGACCAUAAGACCGGAGAAAAGGCGACAAAGAUUGGCACUUUGAAAGAUGCCCUUGAAGAAAAGGCUUGGUCUUGCAAUAGCAAAGUUCCACCUAGUGAACUGCCUGAACUGGACAUCCCUAAUCUGUCAUUGAACAAGGGAAUCAAGAGGAGAGAUCAAUUUUGGUUUCAUUGUGCUGCAAUACUUGGUGGUGUACUGCAGACUGGCACUAUUAUGUACGCUACACUCACAGUGUUUGUAUAUCCCCAGCAUUUCAAGAAAGACGACAAAGCUGUCGCCUCAUACGCAUUUCCACUCUAUCUCAUCGGGACAACUCUUCUGUUUUUCGGAAUGUUCUUCUGCGCGUUCAUUAUGGAACGUUCCUCAAAGGAGUUCUAUCUCAAAGCAGAAAGGCCAAGCAAGAUAUAUUGGCUGCAGCCUGGUAAUCAAGAUGUGGGUGACCAGGUCUUCAAUGCUUUCUUGGCCGUCAAUGAAGGGCCGGAGUCUUCAAUGACCAAGAAACUUCGUUAUAUCAAAUCCAUCAGAGAUCGAAGAUUUGACAGGAAGUAUUUGGAGAUUUACUCUACCCUCGCAUCGACAAUUUUGGGAUUCGUCUUCCAGUUUAUCGGACUGAGAGGCCUCCAUGCGUCUGUCAUCCUAGCCCAGCUUGGAUCGACAUUACUAAUGUCCAUUAUACGUACCUGCCUGCGCACAGAGAGAAUGGCACCAGACGAAAACAAAAUGAAGGAUGACCGGGAUCUCAUGGGUCAUAAACAGCAGGAACUAGACUUCUUCGCCUUUUAUCUCGAGAAAGUCGAGUACUUCAAUAUGGUCUCGCUGCCUGAUCGGCCGGCCACGAUGCCUUCACCAAGUUUCAUUCCUCACAUUGAAGCGCCAUUGGCGAGACAGUUGAUUCGGACACGGACUCAGCUGGCCAAUCUCACAUCCAACUCGAACCAGAGUUCAAAUGCUACCUGGGACGACAUGCCUAUUCGACGAAUGGCUCACAACCUCGCACAAACGAUCGAAUCGACGAUGGAUUUGAUCUCCGGCUGGGGUGUUGACCUCGGGAAGACCUUUGAGUUCCGACUUGGCUUCGAGUGCAGAUGUGCUUCUCCAGGCUCUGUCACCCAAUCGCCGGGAACAUAUUCCAUUGGUCUCAUGCGUUGUGGUGAUGCUCUUCGAUGGAAAAUGGAAGUCAGCGAGAUGGAAGCGAUACUAGGUCUAUGGACCUGGUCUCUGUAUAAGUCCAGCGAGGAUUGCAGGUUUUCGAGACUCUUUCGUCUUGUUGGUCUAAGUGAAGAAGAGGCAAGCAAGGAAGAGACUUACCUUUACUUCCACAAAUGGAUAUUCCGACAAACAGAGGCCCGACUGAUCUCAUCUGACCUGAUUGAUGACUCCCGGCGAUUAUUCGGGUUUGAACCUAAGGAAGGUCUUCCCUUAGGGGAUCUUCUCGUUGUCAGGACUGAGAAUGAAGUAGAGGCAAUGGCUGCCCAAGAUAUCUUCAUUCAAUUUCUCAAAGAAGUUUGCCUUAGCGUGAAAGAGCUGGGCGGGGAAGUCGAUGUCGUCUCUGGUAUACAGAACUCGCUUUUGGGUUCCUGUACGCGAAUCGAUGAACUGGUAUUCUGCUUUGAAGCCCAUUCUCUUGGAUCAAGGGAGGAUGCAUUACUAUGCAUUGUUCCUGUCCUGAGGGACCGAAACCUUUUGCCUGACCUUGCAGCUGACUGCCCUAAAGUCAGAGCGCGGAGAGAACAGCUCAUACGCCAGGGAAAAUGGCAAAAUGUCUUUGCAUUGCUUCGUUGGCUCUGCCAACGGUCAGAAGGAUCCCAAUUCCAACGAUCAGUCUAUGAGUUAGGUUGCCUUUGCCGCCGAGCAUUGUUGAACAACAGCGAAACUGUUCGCAAGGAAGGGUUCGCACAACUUUGCAAGCUUCUCAACUCAGAUAUUAGAGAGGAGUUUCUUCAAGCUCAGAAAAUAUCGCUACCUUCUGAUUUGACCGUGUCACAAGAUCGUAUGGACUGGUGGCGCUCAUUCUCCAGCCAACUAGGCUGGACAGCAUGGUGUAUUUCAACGAAAGUACCGGGAAUGAGCUUCAUGCAGCCAGCUUUGAAGUCGCUCAACGCACCGGAGAGCUUGCCUGGUCUUGUCGGCACCGGCCAGGAUCUAGAAGCCACCCAAGCGGGCAUUCGCGCUAUGCAAGAUUGGCUCACGCUGCGGGAUUUUGAUAAUACCGGGUUCAAACGCUCAGGAGAAGACGAGGAUGACCAGUGGUGCUUCGAUUGGGCCAUCGAAAACAAAUACCACGGCUUGCUUUAUUUUCUUUUUUUGAAAUGGGUGGAACUGAGUGAGGACAUUCCGGUCCUUAUCGCAGUUGCAUACUAUCUUGCAGCCAACAAGCACUCCCACUUUGCUAUGCAGAUCCUUCUUCGACAGGGUACCGAUAUUGACUCCCCUGAUGUACAAGGCUGUCCCGCGUUGUUCAACCAAGCGGCAGUUGGAAAUGUGGAGGGGGUAGUAAUGUUGCUGGACAAUGGCGCCGAUCCUAAUGGCAGUAACAAAGCUUCCCACGCAAGGCCACUGAUCGCAGCCGUAUAUGGAGGGCAUAUUAUGACCACGGCAUCGCUUCUUCAAUACGGGGCUAACGCGAACAUAUUAGACCAGCAUGGAAUGACAGCGCUGUGGUGGGCAAUGGCCAGUGGCCAUUUUGAUAUUGUUGAGUUGCUUUUAUCCAGUGGCGCAGGGACAGAGUCAGUCGGUUCCGAUGGCUUGACACCACUUCUUUGGGCUGCCACGGGGGAAAAUCUUGCUGCCCUCGAGUUGUUGAUAAAGCAUGGAGCGAACAUCAAUGCUCAAGAUACCACCGGGCGAACUGCACUUAUGCGGGCAGUGUCUAGGGAUCGUUCUCUGCCAGUGCUUCGGCUACUGUUAGACGAAGGAGCUGAUGUUCAUAUGGAAGAAGAGAAGGGGCGUACAGCCCUGGAUAUGGCAAAAGAAAAGAACUUCCAUGAGGCUAUACCCAUACUGGAGGGAGCCAUCAGUUCGUAA